GGUAUGUUCGAGCGAGCACCGUGCGACAACCUCCCAAUCCUCCGCGCGACAUUCGAUCCCGACGGUCGCCCGCCCCUCUCUUGACGCGGCCGAGUUAUGGGGCAACAUUUAGUAGGCGCACGCCGUCCGGAAGGACCCAGUCCCCGCACUCUGGUCAUCUGCGAGUCAUCUGCACCUGCGAAUUUGUAGACUUUUCUCUAUCGAGACCGCGAUGGCGCGCCCGCCCCUGCCCGCCGGCGACAAAUUCCGGGAGCCGCCUAGACUUGCGAUGGGCCAUUUAUACGUGCCGCGCGCGCGCGCUGCUCGCGCUCUACAUCGGCCUACCCGCGCUUCGGAAGUAUUUGCGCAGUCCAGCACCGACCCCGACACAGCACCGACGCGCUACCCGCAUGGCCUCUACUAUCGCCCUGUCCAGGUCGUCUUCGAUGAGCCUCCUCCUGCGCCGGCCUGGAACGCAGUGGGCGCGCGCCGCGUACCCGGCGCUCAGCACCCUCGCGGGCGGGAUAAAAGGCGCGAGCGCACGCGACCUCCGGGCUCGCCACUUCUCCGCUUCCGUACCCGCUAUGUGCCAGCAACACACCAUCCCGCAGACGAUGAAGGCGGCCGUCGUGCCGCAGGCGGGCAGCGCCAUCGAGAUCAAGGACGUGCGCGUGAAGCGCCCCGAGGAGCUCAAGCCCGGCGAGUGCCUCCUCAAGAUGAUCUGCACGGGCGUCUGCCACACCGACCUGCACGCCGCGCUCGGCGACUGGCCCAUUCCGCCCAAGACCCCGCUUAUUGGCGGGCACGAGGGCGUAGGGAUCGUCGUCGCCAUUGGCGCGAACACCGCGAACUCGCCGGUGAAGAUCGGCGACCGCGUCGGCGUCAAGUGGCUCGCCGACUCCUGCCUCAACUGCGAGCAGUGCAAGAAGGGCCGCGAGCAGAACUGCGAGCACGCCGAGCUCUCCGGCUACACCGUCGACGGCACCUUCUCCGAAUAUGUUGUUUCCUUCACCAACCACGUCACCCCGAUUCCCGAGGGCUUUGACAGCUACGCAGCCGCAUCAAUCCUCUGUGCCGGUGUAACCGUGUACCGCGCAAUCAAGUACUCACAGACGCAGCUCGGCGACUGGAUCGUGCUCCCCGGCGCCGGCGGCGGGCUCGGCCACCUCGCCGUGCAGUACGCGAAGGUGCGCGGCCUGCGGCCCAUCGCGAUCGACACGGGCGACGAGAAGCGCAAGCUGUGCAUGGAGCUCGGCGCGGAGGCGUUCAUCGACUUCAAGGAGUGCCAGGACAUCGUGGGCGAGGUGAAGCGCAUCACGGGCGGCUACGGCGCGCACUCGGCGGUCGUGACCACGGCGUCGCCGAGCGGGUACACGCAGGCCGUCGACUACCUGCGCCCGGGAGGGACGCUGAUGGCGGUGGGCCUCCCGGGGAAGGCGGGGCUCCAGGCGUCGAUCUUCUUCACGGUGUUUAAGAGCAUUAGUAUCCUGGGGUCGUACGUCGGCAACCGCCAGGACGCGUACGAGGCGCUCGAUAUCGCCGCGCGCGGCGGUGUUGUGUGCAAGUAUGUCCUGAAGGACUUGCCUGCUUUGACGAGCACCUACGACGCCAUGCAAGAGGGCAAGAUCGCCGGGCGCAUCGUUCUCAAGUUCUAAAUGGCUUAACCGGCUACGUCCUCGACUCCCUCCUCUUCCACGAGCGUAAUCUCGCUCCUAAUGAUAUGACAUCGCUCUCUAACCACGAUGGCAUCGCUCUCUAACGACGAUGACAUCGGGCUCGAACUGGGGAAAUAGAAAGCAGAAGUAACUUAUCAACGCAAGGCAUUGUAAUGUUGCCUCCUGUACACUAGUAGCACAAAUGACCGAAUGAAGCGUAUAAUACCCGAACUCCUCU